UAUUUAUCGGUGUGAAAAUAUUCUCAAAAUGAUAUAAGUUUGCUGGGAUUGUUAUCACUUUCAAUCAGCUGCAAGUUACAGCAUAUCGGUAUGGAGUGCGCGCCCCUGGUGCUGCCGCAGUUUCAGCCGCUCUUGGCGGACGCCAACCAGAUGAAUUACCAGAAUACUGUGGCUGUCCACAAUGAUGAUGACAGCUGGUGGCUGGGAUAUAUUCAAGACAUGGACGGCGACCAGGCCUUCAUCCACUUUGACGCCAAAAAGGUCGCUGACCGCUGGGUGCACCAGGAACGCGUCUGGCCGCUACUAUCUCGCAAUGACUACAGAUGGCAACCGUAUUCGGCCUAUAUGCGAGUCCAUGCGGCACUUCGUGACGAAGAUGACGGACCGUUUCGGUAUCGACCAGUCAGGAUAAUAAACAAACUCCUGGGAUGUGAGAUAUGUGAAAUGUACUACAUCCAAACCGAUACUGCCGCCACCAACGGUCAGCCAGACAACGCUCCCUGCGAAGUGGUUCAGAACUGCCAGAUUAUCAAACAGCUGCCGCCGGCUGGUUUCCCUGUAAUUCAAGAAUCCAGUAGCGGUCUGCUUUCCACCAAGUACUUCGCGCCGUUUUCCCGAGCCCAAACGAUUUUCAAUGACACCUCUGAUAAAUUUCGCAUCAUCAUGCAUUUUCGCCAAGCAUUUCAAAGUCGUUUGAGAUUUUCUGGCGUGUCAAAAUGCUGUGACGCUCACGCCUCCGGUCAGUUUCGAAUUGGCCAGCAGUUUCGCCAAGCACUGGAAAGUAAUUCAUACAACCACUUCUCGGACGGCUUUCGCUUUCACCUGCCAAUCGAACAAGCUGGAUGUGCAUUUCUUCUGAUGCAUCUCGCUAUGGACGCGGAGAUGGCACAGCUUGUUACUGCAACAUUGACAGAAGUGCUGGAAACACAUCUGUUCAGUCGAGGGCUUUUCCCAUCAAUUAGAACCCGAAAUCUACACGUGAUGGAACUUGGUCUGCAUACUAUAGAUGCUGAAACCGAUGUAGAAUGCACGGGUGUUCAUCUAUGUCACCUGCCGCCGAUUCUUCUGCGCGAAAUAUUUUCCCACAUGGACUUGCAUUCACAAAUGCGAGCGAAACGGGUGUGCGCUUUGUGGCAGCAGCUGCUGAGCGGUCUUUGCCUGACCCAACACAUCAGCAUCUCACUGGAAAGCUGUACCGCAGUUCAUUCUGACAAUAACAACUGCUUCCGCGCGGCAUCUCUUUUGAGCCGCACCAUCAACUCCACAACCAAUAGUCUGACCGUGUUGGGAGAUUUCCUUCCACAUAACUUAUCCUUUCUGGCCAGCGUUUUGGGAGUCAUGAAGAUUAAAUUGCCCUUAAUUGUUUUCAAAGACCAUCUUAUUACGAACUUCGGAUAUUUGGGUCAUUUAAACCCAAUUUGUUUGAAGCACCCUAUAACUAACGUUACGACAUUAUAUAGAAACAAGUGCGGAUCAAUCCUCCUGCACAACUGGAAAGCCGAUCAUCUCUUUACUGAACUAAUGCGCUACGUCUUUAAACAAGCUGUAUACGGUCCGGGAUCAAGAUGUGCCAUGCCAUUACAGGAGCAGGCAUUCAUGCGGGAUCUCACAAAUAGAUCGCUUGAAUGGCCCAUCGAGCAACUGCGAAUCUCCAUUCCGCGGCUGCUGCUGAGCUGCGGCGAUGAUCACAUGGACAUGGCCGGCCGCGUCAUGCGCGCCCUGAGCGACAACACCCCUUCGGUCACGGCGGACAUGCUAGGAAAGGUCACCGCUGUUUACGCCCGCUGGGUGCGCACUCUCGGCUAUCCAAAUGAUUGGCAGGCCAUUCGCAGCUACCUGUUACUGUUCAGCCCCUUCACGUCCGACGGCCGACCAAAAUCGUGGGCCACAGACGACCUGCGGCUGGUGGAUGUCCGUAACCUGAGCAGACUUGCCAUCUACGGAAUCGAUGCACUAUUCCUGUUGUAAUCAGUACUGCGGACAGCUGCGUAUAGCGUUUGCUGACGUUUUGAUCGUAGUCAGCCAU